AUGGUAAUCAAUAUCAAAACUCGAGAGGUCGCUGAGUACAUUGAAACACACGAAAUAGACCUUGUACAACAUGGCACCCACAUUACCGGCAACGGUAGUUGGUUCACAGACGAUGGUACGAGUGGCACUGAGACCCUCAUUGGUUCAUUCAGUACAGGAAAUGAACUCGCAUUCGUGGAACUGGAUGUGGACGAUGAACAAGUGCCACCUGAACAGGAGGCUCCCGCCCUGGGAUACGCGCAAAACCAAGUGCAUGCAGUAUAUGUUGAUCCCUAUUUGAAAUGGGUUGCUGUGGGUGGGAAUGGUUUAAAAGGUAUCACUUUCACUGUUUGGUUUGAACGUGGGGAAGAAGAGAGUAAUACAUUCAGAAAGGUACACUAG